AUGCGGGGCGAGGCUGACCCCAGCACCUUCACCCUGAGCCUCUCCUUCCAAGGCCUGAGUGGCAUGGGUGACGCAGAGGCUCUCACUCAGGUGGUGCUGCCCGUGGCCUACCAGUUCAACCCACAGCUGGUCCUGGUCACUGCCAGCCUUGAUGUUGGUUACCGCGUGAGUCCCGAUUGCUUUGGACAUAUGAUGGCCCUUCUGUCUGGCCUGGCCGAGGGCCGCAUAGUUCUGGCACUGGAGGGCGGCUUCAACCUCACCACCAUCAGCUACUGCAUGACGCUGUCCCCAGCUGGUGCCCAACAAGAGUGCCGUGCAGACCACCAAUGGGGUCAUCCGUACCCACAGCCGCUACUGGCUGGCGCUCUGCUUCAAGCUCGCCUCGUCUCAGACGACAACGCCCACCGCCCCGUGUUCCCCGGCUGCCAGUCCUACGACGACAUCCACGUGACGGAGAACGUGACGGCUGGCAGCCCCGUCCUCCUGCGCCUGGACCGUGACGGCGAGGACAAAGAGUUCUUCCUGACGGUCAUCGCGAAGGACAGUGGCUUGCAGCCCCGCCAGACGUCGUGUUCCUUCAGGGUCGUGGUGGAGGACGUUAACGACAACCCGCCCGUGUUUGACCUGCCGCGGUACGAGCAGACGCUGGCCACAGACCACAACCCGGCCACCCCGGUGCUCAGGGUCUCCGCCUCUGACCGGGACACAGGUGAGAAUGCAAGAAUCAAUUACCACCUUGAGGGGCACCCGAACCACCUGGAGUUCUUCUACCUAGAGCCUCUGACAGGCGUUCUCACCCUAAAGCGACCUCUUCAACCGACUAUGGCCAACACCCAGAUCUUCCACGUGCGGGUGCGAGCGGUGGAUGGAGGCACGCCGUCCCUGUGGUCCACGGCGCCAGUCACGAUCAAGGUGGUGUCCUCGGGGGAGCUGCCGCCUACUGUGGUCGGCCAACACCCCCGGCAGCCCGCCAUCCCGGAGAACACCACAGAGAACACGGAGGUGGUGGUGCUGUGUGCGAGAUCGAACCUCGCGGACUCUCCCAGUGUUUACUUCACUCUCGUGAACGGCGACACGCCGGACACCAACUCCGAGGGCACGUUUGCCAUCAGAAGACGGCUGCCUGACCAGCAAAGCUCUGUCUGCGGGGACAGCGCCGGCGUCACCGUCUUCGUGGCCACGCGAACCCUCGACUACGAGUUCGUCCAGCUUUACAAACUCAACCUGCAGAUUGUGAACGAGCGCAACGCCCGCCUGGAGCAGCAGGUCUUGGUCACCAUUGUGGACGUGAACGACAACGCGCCGCUGCUGCAGCCCUUCGACGGCGCGGUGCUGGAGAACACGGACAGCACGCUCAUCACCACCAUCCAGGCCGUGGACAAGGACGCCUCCCCAGAGUACAGGAAGCUCACGUACUCGUUCGACGCCACGGCCUCCCACGACGUGAUCACCAAGUUCACCCUCAAGACCAACGGGGAGCUGUGGACGACGGGACCGCUGGACCGGGAGGAGGUGAGCCAGUACCGCGUGCCCAUCCAGGUGACCGACGGCGUGCCAGAUCACGAGCGCAUGACCACCUACUGGAUCACGGUGCAGGACCUCAACGACGUGGCGCCCCAGUUCGACCUCUCGCAGGGGGUGUACGAGGUACAGCUGCCCGAGAACAGGGAAGCCGGCAAGCCCACGGGGAUACGCCUGGCCGUAGAUGACCAGGACAUAGUCAAUCACUUCACGUUCAAAAUCGUCGAGGGAAAUGAAGAGAGAAAAUUCCGGAUCGACCCGCUGGUGAACAAGCCGCUGGACUACGACUACCCCGUGAUGGACCGAAACGUGAGUCCCCUUGUAGGGAUAACUAGCUUGAGGGGUGCCGAGCUUAUAUUAGGCAGUCUCCCAGUACCCUUGGCGGCUAGGGCGUGAGGACUUCCUUGUUUACCGUAGUCCCACCAGUGAAGUAACUUUAGUCUUUGCACUGCUGGCUGAAUGGUG